AUGGCUCAAAACAAGAUUCUCUAUUCUGCAAAGCUCAACGAGAACAUGCAAAGAUCAGCCCACUUUGAAACAAACAAGAGAACUGUGAAGUCAAACAUCAUGCUUAAGUUUGUUACCAAAGCAAUGGAUAUCAAGGUUCAAGGUGAAGCCGGUUUCACGACUACUCUUGAAGAUCCAAUCAAACUCUUGAAACCUAUUAAACGAUUCAUGAAGAAGAGUGCUGAUGCUGAGUAUGGCUUCUUGGAUUUCUGGGAAGCCAACCAAAAGUUCUUUGCUAUGAAGCAGGGAACAACCGAGAACUUGAUGCAUUUCAAGGAACGAUUCUUGAGACAGGCUGAAGUCCUGCAAGAUCUAUAUGGCAUUGGCUGGUUCCGAAAUUUUGCAGUCAAGACGAAAGCGUACCAGUGCAAAACGUGUUGUUGUUUGUUAGCAAUUGUCGUUCGCAAAAACCGCGUAAUCACCCCUUCGAAGUUGCCGAGCUUGAAGGACAAGGUUCCAUAA